ACACUGUAUCAACAUCAACAUCAACAUCAAAGGUUGUUUUCAACUCAAUGGCACUUCCCUCAGGUUUUGUUACCAUGGUGACACUUUUUGGUGUGGUUUUGAUAGCUGGGGUCAUUGUCCCAAGGGUUGAGGCCAAAAGGGCUUUCUUUGUAUUUGGAGAUUCACUUGUUGACAGUGGUAACAACAAUUACUUAGCCACCACUGCACGAGCUGAUUCUCCUCCUUAUGGCAUUGACUAUCCAACUCGUAAACCAACCGGUCGUUUUUCUAAUGGCCUCAACAUUCCUGAUCUUAUUAGUGAAAGAAUAGGUGCUGAGUCCGUGUUGCCAUAUUUGAGUCCACUGCUAAAAGGUGACAAUCUUCUUGAUGGAGCCAAUUUUGCUUCCGCUGGAAUAGGCAUUCUUAACGACACUGGAGCUCAGUUUCUAAAUAUAAUCAGAAUGUAUAGACAAUUGGACUACUUUGAAGAGUACCAGCAACGAGUAGCAGAUCAAAUUGGACUAGCACGGACUAGGAAACUUGUAAAUCAAGCAUUGGUCCUCAUCACUGUUGGUGGCAACGAUUUCGUAAACAAUUACUACUUGGUGCCUUAUUCUGCAAGGUCUCGCCAGUUUUCGCUACAAGAGUAUGUCAAAUAUCUCAUUGUGGAGUACCGUAAACUCUUGCAGAGACUGUAUGAUCUAGGAGCUCGAAGAGUAAUUGUGACAGGCACUGGACCAAUGGGUUGUGUUCCAGCAGAAUUGGCCAUGCGUGGAACAAAUGGAGGAUGUUCUGCUGAACUUCAACGAGCUGCAUCACUUUACAACCCUCAACUGCUACACAUGAUACAAGGACUCAACAAGAAAGUUGGCAAAGACGUUUUUAUCGCUGCAAAUACAGGACUGAUGCACAAUGAUUUCAUUAGUAACCCAGAAGCAUACGGAUUUACUACAUCAAGAAUUGCUUGUUGUGGGCAAGGACCCUACAAUGGGAUUGGAUUAUGCACACCACUCUCUAACUUGUGCCCAAACAGAAACUUGCAUGCAUUUUGGGAUCCAUUCCAUCCAUCAGAAAAGGCAAACAGACUCAUUGUGGAGCAGAUUAUGUCCGGUUCUAAACGAUACAUGAAACCAAUGAACCUCAGCACCGUCCUAGCAUUGGAUGCUAGAAAAUAAUUAAUGAUAACACUCAUGUCUUCUUUCUGAUUGUUAUAAACUUGUAUCAACUAUCAAGUGUUUGUGACUCUCAUAGUAUUUAGAGUUGUGAUUUCUCCAACAAAUUAUUGAUCAAUUAAA